AAAAAACACCACCAAGAGAAGAAAAAACAUUAGAAGGAAGAGGAAAUAGGGGCUUGUAUGGUUUCUAAAGUUUCUCCGAACCAGAUCCCUCCUACGCCCCAAAAUAUAUCUCCGUAAAAUUGUUAACGGACAACGCGAGGAAAGCAGCGUGGAACCUCAGAGAGAAUCUGUAUGUAAGAAGAAUAAUACUCGCCCCGGAGGAGUGGGUCAGAGCCGGGAGAGGAUAGAGAUUUCUUUAUUGAUAAAACUGUAUCUUGCAUUCCUUUGUAUAAAUUAACCUGCACCAUGGAGGCCGUUGCCAAAUAUGAUUUUAAAGCAACUGCAGAUGAUGAGCUCAGUUUUAAACGCGGAGACAUCCUCAAGGUUUUAAAUGAAGAAUGUGACCAGAAUUGGUAUAAAGCAGAACUGAAUGGAAAAGAUGGCUUCAUUCCUAAGAACUACAUUGAAAUGAAAGCACAUCCGUGGUUUUUUGGUAAAAUCCCAAGGGCGAAGGCAGAGGAGAUGCUUAACAAACAGAGACACGACGGUGCAUUCUUAAUCCGGGAGAGUGAAAGUGCACCUGGAGACUUUUCUCUUUCUGUGAAGUUUGGAAAUGAUGUCCAACAUUUUAAAGUUCUUCGUGACGGUGCUGGGAAGUACUUCCUCUGGGUUGUCAAGUUCAAUUCACUCAAUGAGCUGGUUGAUUACCACAGAUCUACUUCAGUCUCCCGAAAUCAACAGAUAUUUUUACGUGACAUUGAACAAGUUCCCCAGCAUCCAACAUAUGUACAAGCAUUAUUUGACUUCGACCCACAGGAAGAUGGGGAGCUUGGCUUUCGUCGGGGAGAUUUUAUUCAAGUGUUGGAUAACUCUGAUCCAAACUGGUGGAAGGGUGCUUGUCAUGGGCUGACAGGAAUGUUUCCGCGCAAUUAUGUCACACCUGUGAACCGGAACAUGUAAAGAAAAAGAAGUAUAAUGUUACUAAAAAAUACUAGUUUAAAAAAUAUAUUAAAAAAAGAAUGGACACCAGAGCCCAGUACAGCUGUGGUGUGACAUCAAAAAUAUAUUACAUACUGAGAAUGUUUUCAAAAAUGCAACACUGAGUCAAAAUGGAACUGUAAUUUAAAUAUUGAACAGAAAAAAAACAUCAAAUUACAAUCUAAAAGACAUAAUGUGUGUCCUUGCAACGCUUUCUUGCCUUCUCUUGAUCCUUUUUGUGUUCUUUAUGCCACCCCCACCCCCCUCAUUGGUAUGUUUCUGCAUGUUUUAAAGCUUUGUCCUUUCUCUCAUCUUUUUUUUUUCCCUUGUAUUUUUUUUUUCCCCCCUUCUGGGGAUUGGGGGUUGAUACAAAUAGCACCAUGCCUUUUGAGCCACCUGUUGCUCAUGAUAGCUUUUCUUGUAUUGGCCUCCCAUAUUUCAAAUAUAUUGUUAAAUUAUCCAUGUGUGUUUUUUUUUUUUUGUUUGUUUUUUUUUGGUAUUUUUUGUUAUUCUUGUAAAGGUUGUGCCCACCUUUUCCUGUGUUGAAAUUUUAAGUGUAAUUGUUUAGAAUUCUAAAAGCAUGCUACAGGUAUAAGAAUCUUCUUAGCCUUCUGUUCAAACUCUUGUUGUCUUGCAUACAAAUUCAGUCUAGAAUAGUUCAUUACCUAAAUAUUUUAGGAGUGAAAACAGUAUUUCAUUGAAAAUACAAUCAAGCUUGUUUUGACUUUUUAAGCAAAAAGCUCAACCAUGUAUGACUGUUUCUUGUGUUACCCUGAUCCGUUUUUGUCCAUUUCUCACCCGCUCAAGCAAAACUAGCAUAUUUUUAAACUGCAGCUUAAAUGAAAGAAUGCUGUUUGUAAAUUCAGUAUUAGUAGUGUGAAGUUAAUAAAAUGUAUUAUAAAAUCUUUUAUAUAAGAGAACUGAGAAAAGAGAGUGGGUUAUAAGAACAGAGUAGUACACACUACUGAGGGACUUUAAACAAGAUGCAACAUAUAACCCUUUUCAGACAUUUAACUAUGUAAUGUAAAGAAAUGUUUUAAGGGAAAGAAUUGUAUAUGCAAAUUCUAUUUAGUUUAAGAGCAGGGAGAUCAGAGUUAGUAUUUUUUCUUUCUUUUUCUUUUUUUGUGCAUGGUUGAGCACCUUCUGAUUUGGGCUUUUCUUCCACCCUCAUAAUAGUGCCUUUUUAAUGUAUUAUUUAUCCCUUGCAAAUACAAAUCUUGAUGUGUUCAAAAAUUGAUCCAAGAUGUAUGCCUCAUUUUGUAUUCUUCAGUAAUUAUCUUUGUAAAUAACCCAAGACUUUAUAUAUUAUAUAUUUUUCAUUCAGUUAUGUUGGAUGUUACUACCUGGAAGACAUUUUCAAGAUUUAACUUUUUUAAUUUAAAUACUUGCAUUCUUAUACCUAAUGCUAAAGUUUUUUUUUUUUUUCUUUUUUGAUUGUUUUCAUAAAUAAUAAUAAUGGAAAAAAUGAUUUGUUAAGAAAGGCUUUAGUGCAAGGAGUUUACAUGAUAUUUUCUUGCAGUUUUUUUUUUUUGUUUGUUUGUUUUUUUAAUGUAUGUUGGUGAAGGCUGAUCCUGCUUUCAUAUUCAGUUUGGAUUAAAUGAAUCAUUCAUUCCUUUGAAAUGUUAAUAUUUGAAUGUAAUAAGCAACUCUUACUGAUCAUGAAUUAAUGUCUGAGAUACUAUGAUUUUGGGCAUAUGUUAAGCAUAAUUUGUCUUCAUGCAGAAUAUCAUGCAUAAGUACAUCUCAAAUGAAAGUAUUUCUAAAGCGGCCAAAUCCUUUGUUUUACAGUCGAUCACGCUAACUAAUAAGAUCUACUUGUCACAGAUAACCUAUUUUUAAAUUAUGGCCAAUAAACUAUGCUAAAAUAAUAGUACAGUUUGCAUCAUAAAAUUGUUCCGUUGAAAUUACUAUCUGUAUUUCAAGUAUGAAUCUGAGUUAUCAAAGCAAGUACUAUAAGCAUUCUGUGGGUUUGGUGAGUGGGCAUUUUUCAUUGCAAUAUGACUAUGCCAUUUUUACUGUUGAUACUAUGAUUUUUCUGAGAAUGACCAGACAACUUACAUUCAGAAUCUGUUCUAAUUGCUAUUUAACAGUAUUUUUCCAUAAAACAUAAUUGGUUCAUAAAGUAUAUGAAUUGGGGAACCAACAGUGUAAUAAAAUUGCAAAUAAAACAAUAAAUAAAUAUGAAAACUUUUUA